GGCUCGAGCCUCAGCGACGCCCCCGCGCCAGGCUCGAAGAUUUCCCUCGUCGCUGCCGCUGCGGCUGGAAGGCAUGGCGGCCCUGGGCGCGGAGACGAAGAGCCCGUGCGGAGUUGGCGUGAAGCGCCCGAGGGCCGUGGAGAUCGGCCUCAUGCGCGAGACGCUUCGCAGGGAGCUGAGGGGGCUGCUCUGUCCCACGGUCAUGAUGGGAGCGCAGCUCUUCAUGCCGCAGCGGAGGCACUUUCUCGUGCCGUGUCUUCUGAUGUUUUCCAUGCUCCUGGGCUGCGCCGUUUUCGUCUGGUGGACCUUGAGGACGGCUAAGGAAGGCAUACGCUGACAUCAAGAAGAUGCACUUUUUGAGCGACGCUUUCCAGCAUACAGCUCGCACGGUUGGUCACCUUUCGGCCGUCGCUUGUGCCGACGAAGACCUUUUUGGGCGCUUGACAUUAUUGUUCGUCGGGCCUUGUUGUGGUUCACGUCUGACUUAUUCCACCCCAUACUAUGCUUGCGUCUUGGUUCACAUAUCGAUCGUAAUCUGCAGAUUCGCAGGCAAUGCUGCACAUGAAUUUCCGUUCCUGCUUUCGGCGUUGGCUUGCUCUCACCUCCUUCUUGAGACGUUUGUGACGCGGCGUCGGACUGAAGAGAGUGCACUAGAGAAAACGCGGGGCAUGGUGACUCUGGCAGAGGACAUAUCGUGCAGUGUGCUCAGCUGCUUCUGUGAUGCUGUUGUGCGCUUAUCGGCAGACCUGGACAUUCUGGAAGACUCGCCCUCGCUGACCACUCUUCUCAGCCGGCGCGCGUCAUCUGGACGAUCCUUCCUGGAUAUGGUGAAUUUGGGUGAUCGAGACAAGUACGUGGACUUCAUCAAGAGCUUCAGCAGCUCACACAACGAGAAUGGCAGCACACUGCCAGACGCGGACAACGUGGACGGCCUGCAGCUGCGGUCAGUCGACGUUUACUUGGACGACAUGAUGAACAUCCCCGUCGAGGUGCACGUCUUCCAUUCUCGCCUCGAGACCCUGGACGAGAAGCCCGUCUACCUAGUCGGCAUCAUGGAGCGCGAGCCCUACAAGCUCAGCCAGAAGAGAGCGAGGGCGGGCAGGGCGGGCAGCCUGGCCAGGGGGCAGCUCCUGGGCCGCGUGAACCAGACGGCGCUCGCGGAGGUCCUCCGGCAGAGCAGCUCGUGCGGCGCGGUCUCGCCCGCGAGAGGGCCGGUGAUCUCCCACGGCCCGAGGAGGAGGGGCUCGCCGCGGGUCUCGAGCUGGGAGUCGCUGACCGGCGCGAGGGCGUGGACGCAGCGCGCGGCACCCAGCGUCGGCUAAUUGGAGGCGGACGCCAGGUCCCCUCCCUCUGGAACCUCCGCAAGCGCCCGACCAUGACAGACUGGGUCGGGAGCUCUCGCCCCCACCCCCUGCACGCGAUCUUCUCGCGACGUCGUUUUGGGCGUCCGUAGGUUGGCUCGCGCUGGCCUCCUCUCUCGACGUCUCGCCUUCCACCGCACACCUCUCCGCCUCUCCUCCAUUCCUGCCAUCUCAAUUCGGACUCAACGCUGAUCGGCACUUGAGCUUUCGACUAGGGCACUCCUGUUUCAGCCGACUGAACGAUUUGCGGCGAGUCGCGGCCGAACGCCAUGCAGAAGACUUGGUGGAGCCCUCCUUUCGCCAACUUCGCCCACGCAGCACAUCCAGAGAGCGUUGCAAGUGUCGCCAUUAUGUGUCCCAGCUCCACAUCGAGAUCAUUGCAGUUGUCGCCAUGUUGUGGUCCAGCUCCGUCUCGGUAGUGAUGUCGACCAGCAUUUUGGUCGCUAGGGAUUUAAGCUUCAGCGCGUUGGCCAUGUUCCGGCCAACGCGCCUGCAUGUUCCGGCCAAUGCGCUUGGAAAUUCCCCAUGUGUGAGAUCAUGAACAGCCCACACGCGGUGGACCACAUUACAUGUUUGAAGGUUCGACCAGUUGCGGCUGACCCUUUGGGUUCCACUCGUGAGACGGCGACCACUCAUUGGAUGCAGCUGACACCUUGCGGCGGUCGUGGUGCAGCCAGCUUGUGGCAAGCCACAGGGGGAAGGCCUACCCUGAAGUCGCCUACCUAAAGGAUUCUGCUUCGGGCGCGGGCGCACAUUCGCUGCAAGAUGUCGCAGCCGCUUCAAGGAUUUAAGGCCGGUCGAUUUCAAUAUGCGGCUCUCAGGCCCUCCAGACACUGACCAAGGCCCACAGCGAGGAACUUUGCAACCGUCUUCCGCCUCUGGGGACUCCUUGCCAGAGGCCCGAAGCGAGGUGGCGAUCGGACAUCUGGUGGCCCAGGGCUGUGCUUCCCCAUUCUUCUUGCAAGUGCUCCGCCACCCAGCGUGUCAGCGCGUGCGUUCUGUUUCAAGGCAGCUUGCUCUCUGCACUCUGGCAUUCCUGUUUCCUUCUGCACGUGCUCCGCCAGCCAGUGUGACAGCGCGUGCAUCCUAUUUCAAGGCAGUUGUUUCCCCUCCCUCACUCUUCCCGCACGUUCUCGGCCAGCCAGCGUGACAGCGCGUGCAUUCUGAUACCAAGAGAUGCUUCUCCUCAUCCUCAGUCAUUGUUCGUUACCCCUGCGUGUGGUCCGCAAUGGUGUAAUAGCGCGUGCGUUCUGUUUCACU